UUUUGGUAGGUUACCAAGGUGCCAAAUUUCAAACUAUGUUGUUAGAAGGAUAGACCUAGGUUUGGAGUUAUUUUGUUUGUAAGAUUAAGUAGUACAAAGUUAAUGGGGAAGAAGGCCAAAGGAGCUGGUAAAAAGAAGCAAGCAAAGGAGGAUAAAGAAGUUUUACCAGAAGUUGAUAAAGAAUUUUAUGAAAUUCAAAUAACUGACUUAAACCAAAAAUUAGCCAGAUUACGCUCCCGUUGUAAUGAAGUUGAAUCUGAAAAUGAAGAGGUCAAGAAAAAUCUACAGAAGCUCGAUGAAGACAGGGCAGACAUCAUUGCACACCUCAAACGCACACUACAGGCCAAAGCAGAUGAAAUCGCAGAGCUACAAGAACGAUUGGUGGCUCUUCAGCAGGCUCGAGAAACAGAACGUGCUAUGUUCUUGGAGAAGAUCAAAACAAUGGAACAUGAUUUCAAAAGCAUGCAUGAACAGCUUAACUCUGAAAUCAAACUCCUGAAUGGUAAAUUAAACUCAUUAGAAGAAUUUAGAAGAGAAAGAGAAGAUUUAAUGAACAAGUUCUUGAAACAAGAGGAAGCUAUGGAAGAACAAGAGAAAAUACAUAAAGUUCAACUUUAUGAAGUAGAGAGAAAGUUUAUCAUAGGAAAAGAUGAGUUAAAAAAGGAUAUGGAAAGCAAGCUUCUUCAGCUGUCACUGGACUUCCAAAAUACAACGGAUAUUCGUAUUGCCACAACUACACACCGUGUCAUCAGAGAGAAUGUUGCUAUCAAUAAUGAGAUAAACUUACUUAUGGAGUCUUGGAAAUUUCUUCAUGAUGAAAACCAAAACUUAAAAAGUAAAGAAAAGGAGUUCAAGAUUGAAGCUGAAAUUCAGCGAGAAGAGAACAAAGUUCUUCUCAAGAAAAAUGCAGUUCAGAACAAGAUUAUUGAUAAAAUCUCUAAGCUCCACAACAAUGUUAAGGAGUCUUUCAGAGAGAUGGAGCAAGUGCAACGAGCCAAUGCUACGCUGGAACACCGCUUGGAGCGGGCUACAGCCGCCUUGCAUACAGAGCAGCAUGAGAGUCAACAGUUGCGACAACUGCUGCACUCACGCCAGGUACAGGAGUGCCAACACGAGGUGGAGUUGUACGAGUUGCGACAACACUGCUCCCACCUGGAGCACGCUGUCAACACUGCGGCUCAAGCUGUCAGACUGGCUCUCAAGGUUCAAGACGACCCAAACGAAGAUGAAUCAUACAACCUUAUACAAAGAGAAUCACUACUUACAACUCUGCUGGAGCUGUUUGGCGAGACUACUCUCAAGAAACUGGAUUCCCCCAAAAGUAUACCCUCGAGAGAAACCAUUUUAUUAAGUGACACAAUAACAGCUUAUAAAUCUGGGGAUUUAGGAUUAGUGUGCAAGACUGGAGAUUCCGAGGAACUGUUGCCUAGGGAAAGUACAGAAACAUUAAAAUCAUCGUCCAAGAGUAAAUAGGUAACAUUAUAUUCAAUUGUAUUGAAGGAAAAACUAGGUUUGGUAAUAGUUUGAAAUUCUAGAUUCUAGAGAUUUGAAACCAUUUGCAAUGAAAGAUCUAAAUUAUUAGCAAUUCCAAAACAGUGAUUUAAUAUCAUUGGUGUAUAAUUAGUCUAAUUGAUUUUCUGUUAAUUGCAUUACUAAACAAGUUAUCCAAUUAAGUUGGCUAUAUUUGAAAUAAAAUGAAUGGUGUAAAUAUGUGACAUAAAUACAUGCUUCACCACAAAACUGGUUUUGUUUCUUAGCAAUUUUAGCAUGAACAAAAAAUUAAACUUUUAAUCAUAUGACUUGUGUGUAUAAU